AUGAGAGAAUAUUGCGGCAUAUUUUUGAAAACGUUGAGCACAUUAUUUACAUUCGCUGAUAUGUCUGUUCUCUCGUACACCCAUAUAAACACACUCUCUCUCCCUCCCUCUCUCUCUCUCUCUCUCUCUCUCUCUCUCUAUUUUUUUACUUUUACAUUUCUUUUUACAUUUCUGUUUUUCUUUCUUUCUUUCUUUCUUUCUUUCUUUCUUUCUUCUUUCUUUCUUUCUUUCUUUCUUUCUCUCGUUCUUUCUUUCUUUCGUUCUUUCUUUCUUUCUUUCCUUCCUUCUUUCUUUUGUUCGUUCUUUCUUUCUUUUGUUCUUUUUUCUUUCCUUCCUUCCUUCCUUCCUUACUUACUUACUUCUUUCUUUCUUCCUUACUUUUUUCUUUCUUUCUUUUCUUUCUUUCUUCUUUCUUUCUUUCUUUCUUUCUCUCGUUCUUUCUUUCUUUCGUUCUUUCUUUCUUUCUUUCCUUCCUUCUUUCUUUUGUUCGUUCUUUCUUUCUUUUGUUCUUUUUUCUUUCCUUCCUUCCUUCCUUCCUUUACUUCUUUUUUUUUUUCUUUCUUUUUUUUUCUUUCUUUCUUUCUUUCUUUUUUUUUUUUUUUUUCUUUCUUUCUUUCUUUCUUUCUUUCUUUCUUUCCUUUUCUUUCUUUUGUUCGUUCUUUCUUUCUUUUGUUCUUUUUUCUUUCCUUCCUUCCUUCCUUCCUUCCUUCCUUCCUUUUCCUUUUCUUCCUUCUUUUUCUUUCUUCCUUACUUUUUUCUUUCUUUCUUUUCUUUCUUUCUUUCUUUCUUUCUUUCUUUUUCUCUCGUUCUUUCUUUCUUUCGUUCUUUUCUUUCUUUCUUUCCUUCCUUCUUUCUUUUGUUCGUUCUUUCUUUCUUUUGUUCUUUUUCCUUCCUUCCUUCCUUCCUUCCUUCCUUCCUUUCUUUCUUCCUUUCUUUCUUUUCUUUCUUUCUUUCUUUCUUUUCUUUCUUUCUUUCUUUCUUUCUUUCUUUCUUUCUCUCGUUCUUUCUUUCUUUCGUUCUUUCUUUCUUUCUUUCCUUCCUUCUUUCUUUUGUUCGUUCUUUCUUUCUUUUGUUCUUUCUUUCUUUCCUUCCUUCCUUCCUUCCUUCCAUCCUUCCUUCCUUACUUACUUUUUUCUUUCUUUCUUUCUUUCUUUUCUUCCUUCUUUCUUUCGUUCUUUUUUUAAUUAA